GUCAAUUGUCAAAAUAUUCCUCGAUGAAUUUUUGUUGACUACUGAACACUCUGAUACUCUCUUCGUUGUUGAUUUAUUAGUCAAUAACAAGGUCAACAUUGCAGUAUUGAUUAACUUAAUAAUAAUUGUAAUUAGCACAAACGGACGUUCUUUCCUUUGAGAAUCGAUAUGUAACAAGAUUGGCAGUGAAAAACAUCGUGGAAUAAAAAGCAGAAAAGAAAUAAACUAAAUUCAGAAUAUGGUUGUGUAUUUAAUUUAAAUUUAAAAAAUCAUGGACACUAAUGAAGUAAUUCGUAAAGCAGUCACACUUUACGAAAGUAACCGCUCUUUAUGGGACCCAAAUCAGGAGCACUAUUUUAAUAAAAAGAAAAGGGAGAGGAUAUGGCGUAGAAUUUCAUUGGAAGUAAACAUACCUAUACCCGAAUUAAAAAAGAAAUUGAAUUCACUUUUAGGCUCUUACAGACGUGAAAAGUCACGGGAAAACAAAAGCAAAUUAAGAUCAGGCGGAGGCAGGGUUUACAGAUCAAAAUGGUUUGCCUACCCGUGGUUUGCCUUUUUAUCAAACAAGAACAUACCUAGCCAUACUAAGGACACUGUGGGAGAUGAGUCUCAAAAUAUUGCUGAACCCAACCGUGAUAAAAACACGGAAAGUAGUUCUAGCAUUGAAUCUCAAAAUAUAACAGAUUCAUCUUCUACUUUAGAAAAAAGGACAAAUGCAUCAAAUUCAGAAAAUGUUAUGGGAGCACCAUGGGCAAAAACCAAAACGAGAAAAGGAUGCUUGAAAUUAUUAUCAAUGAGUGAAAGCACAAGCUCCAGCAGAACUCUGGAUCAUUUUGACUCAUUUGGUAAUUAUGUUGCAAAUGAGCUGCGGAAGUAUGAUAAACACCUUGUACCUCAUGUAAAAAGAGCAAUUUUGGAAGUUGUGUUUCAAGCAGACACGGGGCAAUUCCCUGUUCAUCAGGGAUACUACACUUCUGGCUAUCAUACAUCAUCACCUUCCACAGAUCCCAUAGCAUCGCCUCCACAAGUCCAAAGAGAAGAAUCUUCUGACUCAACAAGCGAAAAAUUAAAUAUGGAUUCUGACACAGAUGAAAAAAUUACUCUUUAAGAAUAUAAUAUAAAAUAAAGGUGUCAAUUCUGUUGUACACAAAUUUCUAAAUUAUGUGAAAAUUUUAGCCCUACUUUCAGACCUAUCAAAUUAGUUUUUACAAUAA